UGCGUUUGGUGGAGUUUAAACUGAACUACAGGGAAGGAAACAUCAUCAGUCUCUGUGAGAAAUAGACUUAUGCAUACGGAUAAAACUCUAUCUUUUCACAACUAACAUUUUGGAUUCACGCUGGUGUAUUGGGCACGCGUCACCAUGGACAGCGCUUUUGACAACCUGGAUGCUACAGGCUUCCUACACAUAUGGCAACAUUUCGAUGUUGACAAUAAUGGUUAUAUUGAAGGAAAGGAGUUGGACAACUUUUUCAGACACAUGAUGAAAAAACUUGGGAUGAGUGAUGAAAUAACGGAUGACAAAGUUGGAAGAAUGAAAGAAAGGUUCAUGUCAGCUUAUGACACCACAGCUGAUGGUCGCCUGCAAAUCCAAGAGUUGGCCACCAUGAUGCUACCGGAGGAGGAGAACUUCCUACUACUGUUCCACAGAGAGACGCCAUUGGACAACAGUGUGGAGUUCAUGAGGAUCUGGAGAAACUAUGACACUGACAGCAGUGGAUACAUAUCAGCUAUAGAACUCAAGGGUUUCCUGCAGGACCUGUUCCUCCAGCACAAAAAGACCAUAUCCCCCAACAAACUGGAGGAGUACACCAACACCAUGAUGGAGAUGUUUGACAAAAACAACGAUGGCAGGCUGGAUUUGAAUGACCUAGCCAGAAUCUUGGCUCUAAAAGAGAACUUCUUGCUGAAGUUUGACAUGAAUGCGUGCAGUCAAGAGGACCGGAAGAGGGACUUUGAGAAGAUAUUUGCUCACUAUGAUGUGAGUAAGACGGGUGCUUUGGAGGGUCCGGAGGUGGACGGCUUUGUCAAAGACAUGAUGGAACUGGUCAAACCUAUCAUUAGUGGAACAGACCUGGACAAGUUCCGCAAGCUGCUCCUGGGUCACUGUGACAUGAACGGUGAUGGAAAGAUCCAGAAGAAUGAACUGGCACUGUGCCUCGGCCUGAAAUACUCCAGUUAAUAGUCCUCUACGGGAAGAAUGACAGACAUUUUCAUUGCCCUAGUUAGCACCACAGGCUAACCGCCACUAACGGGGCGGCAGGGUAGCCUAGUGGUUAGACCGUUGGACUAGUAACCGAAAGGUUGCAAGUUCAAAUCCCCGAGCUGACAAGGUACAAAUCUGUCAUUCUGCCCCGAACAGGCAGUUAACUCACUGUUCCUAGGCCGUCAUUGAAAAUAAGAAUUUGUUCUUAACUGACUUGCCUAGUAAAAAAAAAAAUUUUUUUUUUAAAAAAAUACUCAUGUCGCAAUGCCAUAGCUAAUACCUUUUGGACAACCCAAGAGCAUUGCAUGAUGGCUGGUUGAAAGGAAGUUGUUACAUAGAGUAGACCCAUUGGGGAAUUGGUUUUGUGAUCCUUCAUUUUGUUUGACUGUAUCUGUUUUGAUGACAAUUAUGAUUAGCUUUGAGAGUGUUGUGUGUGUGUGUGAUCCAUGCACGUGGCAUAUGCCUAUAACUUGCAGACAUGUCGUGGUGAUCUAAGUGUUUUGGGACGGAAGUUGUAUUGGGAUAUUUGUGGGAUGUAUGUUGACUUUAUUACCAUGAUGGCUGCAUUUACUUUUCAGAACUGUGCUGUUUUUGAUGUGCAAGACAAUAUGAUGAAAAUAACUGUCAAUAUGGUUUGACAUUUCACCUCCUAGUUUAAAUGGUAUUGGUAGACAACAUGUCAUGAAAUACAGUGUAUGAUAUGAACCACAAUCUCUGUGUCCCUGGGCAUCUGCAUGUUUCUCCAUUCUGUAAGAACAGUCUGCAAUCAUAAGCACAUACAGCUCUGUUAAUGAACAAACUAUUUAUACAACCAUAACUAAAUUAGUAGUACAUGUCUGGUGUAUACCCAUUGAAUCAGAGCAGACAAUGCUGUGAGCCUUGGGCCCGCAGCCGUGAUGAUGGCCGGGCUUCCAUUCUCCAUGAACUCAGUCCUUUCGUGCAAUAAUGGAUUUUCACAGAGUUUCAUUGCUUUAAUGCUUGGUAACCAGAGCAUUUCAAAAGCACAACACACAAAAUGCUAUGGAAACUGAUUGAACAGCAACUCCAAGAACCCAUUAAAGAGAUAUACAAAGCAAACAUGGUCGGUAGUAAGUAGACCAGUAUGGCUUUAAAAGCUUUUCAUGAGUUCAUUGGGCACUGUGUUAUUCUGUGAAACCAUAGUACACUGUUAUUUGUGUCUAGUUGUAGGCUGAUGUCA